GUAGGCGGUGUGUCGCUCUUUAUUGUUCCAGUAGAAAAGCUCCAUGCACGGUUUCCCCACAUUUGUUGCAAUGGCUACCGAGCAGAAACCACGUCCCACCUGAGAGGGAGCGGCUUGGCUGCACAAAAAAGGACUAAAACCGAGCAAAACUUCAAGCACCGAGUGGGAAAUAAAAGCUCUUUACUGAGGGACAAUCUGUGGAUCCUGAAGACAGAGAAGAGGGGGGUAGCAUCUUGAUCGCCCGUCAUCAUGGUGGAACCAGCGGAGAGGCCUUCUGCAGCCGGACAGAGGCUGAGCGCUCCGGAUAGUUUUGGGAUUUCAACGUUGGAGCCUGGCCACCGUCCUCCUCCUGCUCAGAGUCCUCCAGGAAGACAGGUGUCCAUACGGGUCCAAAUGCUCGACGACACACAGGAAGUCUUCCAGAUAUCGCAACGCUCUCCCGGCAAAGCGCUGUUCGACCUGGUGUGUGUCCAUCUCAACGUGGUGGAGGGAGACUACUUCGGACUGGAAUACCAGGACCAUCGCAAGAUGAUGGUGUGGCUGGAUUUGUUGAAGCCGACGCUCAAACAGCUCAGACGACCUAAAAACACCAUCCUUCGCUUCGUGGUGAAGUUCUUUCCUCCCGACCACACGCAGCUCUUGGAGGAACUGACUCGGUAUCUGUUUGCCCUGCAGAUUAAACGCGACCUGGCCUGCGGUCAUCUCAUCUGCAACGACACCAGCGCCGCUCUCAUGGUCUCACACAUCAUUCAGUCUGAGAUUGGAGAUUUCGACGAGACCCAGAGCUGGCAGCAUCUCCUGCACAAUAAGUAUCUGCCGGAUCAGGACGCCAUCAGAGACAAGAUCACCGACUGCCACCGCAAGCAUGUCGGACAGACUCCUGCAGAAUCGGACUACCAGCUGCUGGAAAUCGCCCGGCGUUUGGAGAUGUACGGCGUUCGUCUUCAUCCGGCCAAAGACCGAGAGGGAACCAAACUCAGUCUGGCCGUGGCGCACAUCGGCGUGCUGGUUUUCCAGGGGUACACAAAAAUUAACGCCUUCAACUGGUCCAAGGUUCGCAAACUCAGCUUCAAACGCAAACGGUUUCUAAUCAAGCUGAGAGCAGACCCCGCUCAAAGCGCCCAUCACGACACGCUGGAGUUCGCCAUGGCCAGCAGGGAUUGCUGUAAGAUCUUCUGGAAGAUCUGCGUAGAAUAUCACGCCUUCUUCAGACUCUUCGAGGAGCCGAAGCCCAAACCCAAACCCAUCCUCUUCACCAGAGGGUCCUCGUUCCGCUUCAGCGGUCGAACCCAAAAGCAGAUCAUCGAUUAUGUAAAAGACACGGAGCUCAAGAAAGUUCCAUUUGAGAGGAAACACAGUAAGAUCCUGUCCAACAGCGGCAUGGCGCCUCAGUCGUCUUCCUUCAGAACACACGUGCCAAAAGAGAGUGCCAUGUCUGUGCAGUCAUCAGACCAGCCCGACUCCUCCAGACUCGGCCCUCGAGGCGAGUGUAACGGCUCAGAGGAUCCACCGGGGGCGACAUCCAACACCAACGGUUUCCACGAUGAACCCACGGCGCCCAAAUCAGACCCGACUCAAUCCAAACAGAAUCAUAACGGCGGCGGAUCGGCAUCGGACCGUCAGUUCCUGAACCCAGGUCCAUCCUGCAGGGCUAACAAAGAAAGCCCCGGGUCAGAGGACUCUCCGCUGGGAAGUCCCCUUGUGGUCGUAAAUGGAAACGGUUCCGUAAACGGGCCGUUGGUCGUUAACGUCGGGGGUCAAAGCCCAGAAGCUCGACAUCUAGCUCCGCUCACCAGCCCGCUGCUCACCGACGCUGGAUGUAUCCGCAACGAGGAUGAAGAAGAGGCGAGGAGGAAGAAGUUUCCCACCGACAAGGCUUACUUCAUCGCCAAGGAGCUGCUGACCACAGAGCGAACCUUCCUCAACGAUCUGCAGGUCAUCACGCAGUCCUUCCAGAGCGUUGCGGGGAAAGACGAGGGGCUCCCGGACUCGGUGAAGAACCUGAUCGCUUCCAGUUAUGAUCCGAUCCAUACGUUUCACCAGGGAUUUCUCAAAGAAGUGGAGCAGCGUCUGGCUCAGUGGGAGGGUCGAUCUAACGCCCACAUUAAAGGAGACUAUCAACGCAUUGGUGACAUUCUCCUGAAGAACAUCCAGGGUCUCCGGCAGUUGACGGUUCAUCUUCAGAAACAUUCAGAGUGUCUGGUUGAACUUGAGCGUGCCUGCAGGUCCAGUCGGAAAGUGGAGGCUGUGUGUCGGGACUUUGAGCAGCAGAGGGUCUGCUACCUGCCGCUCAACAUCUUCCUCCUCCGUCCUCUUCAUCGCCUGCUCCACUACAAACUGAUCCUGGAGAGGCUCUGCAAACAUUACCCCCCGACUCACGAGGACUUCAGGGACUCCAGAGCGGGCCUGGCGGACAUCUCGGAGAUGGUGCUGCAGCUGCAAGGCGCCAUGAUGAAGAUGGAGAACUUCCAGAAGCUUCUGGAGCUGAAGAAGGAUCUGACCGGCAUCGAAAACCUCGCCAUCCCCGGGAGGGAAUUCAUCAGGCUGGGUUGCCUCAGCAAGCUCUCAGGAAAGGGCCUCCAGCAGAGGAUGUUCUUCCUGUUCAGUGAUUCCUUGGUGUACACAAGUCGAGGAAUGACCCCGUCAAAUCAGUUUAAAGUUCACGGCCAGAUGCCCCUCUACGGCAUGACGAUCAGAGAAAGUGAAGAGGAGUGGGGCGUGCCUCAUUCCUUCACCCUGUUCGGGCAGCGGCAGUCUCUGGUGGUGGCAGCCAGCUGUGCGUCGGAGAUGGAGCGCUGGGUGGAGGACAUCAGGAUGGCCAUCGACCUGGCGGAGCAGAGCAGCAGCCCGACCUCCGACCUCCUGUCCACCUCCCCGACUGACAACAAGCUGUCGGAGGACGGAGGCUUGGAGGUGGAGUCGGAGGACGAGCUUUGUGGCUCUCGCUCGUCUCUUGAGCGCCAGGGACAUCGUGGAAACACAACGGUGCACGUGUGCUGGCAUCGAAACACCAGCGUCUCCAUGGUGGACUUCAGUGUCGCUGUGGAGAACCAGCUGUCUGGAAACCUUCUGAGGAAGUUUAAGAACAGUAACGGCUGGCAGAAACUCUGGGUCGUCUUCACCAACUUCAGCCUGUUCUUCUACAAGUCACACCAGGACGAAUAUCCUUUGGCCAGCCUUCCUCUGCUCGGAUACUCCGUCACCGUACCCGCCGAGUCGGAGAACAUCCACAAAGACUACGUGUUCAAACUCCACUUUAAAUCCCACGUCUACUACUUCAGAUCGGAGAGCGAGUACACCUUCGAAAGGUGGAUGGAGGUGAUCCGCAGCGCCACCUGCUCCGCCAGCCGCCCCCUGCUGAGCUCCAGGAAGGAUUACUGAUGAAAAGACUCUUAUUAUAAACACAGAAUCACUGUUAACACCUCUUAAUAGUUGAUUCUCACACACAUCACAACCACGUAUCACAAGUGUCUAUGUAGAGAUCCACGAUGUAAUUAAUCAUGUCCUUUUUUCACUUGCUCCAAACUGGCAACACCAUCUGGCAACAUUUUCAUUUACCUUUUUGUGCCGUCGAGUGUUGUUCACAUGCACACACACAUUUAAUAUUCAUGUCAUGUUUACAGCAGAGUGGGUUUUAUGUUUGGGAGGAAAUACGUGGGGUUUCCUCGAAGUAUUUGGGAGCAUGACUUGGGAUGAAAACAUGUAUAUAAGAGUCUUAAAUAAGACCUAAACGCACGUGUGCAUGUGAACACACCCACAGUGUUUUCUAUAUAUAAUUAGAUUUAUGAAAUGUGAUGCCAGUUUGGUCUCGAUUAUAAAACAUCCGUCUAUUUCUUUUUCUAAGGCGACUUUUUGUACAGUACUUUGAUACACUGUGAAAUGUUCUUUUUAAUCAUGGUUUCCUGCUUUGUUUAAAAGGACAUAUGAGUACCACAAAUGCUUCCAACGCCAUCAGAGAUUUCCCUGGUCUGUGUGCCAAAUAUCUGAUGUACUUCCUAAGUGUCUGGAUUUGUAAUAUUCUAAAUAAAGAUACGAAGAGAUGUGUUGAUAUGAGAAAAAACGGGACGAGUCAGAAAUUGAUGUUUUGUGUUUAUUACGACAACCAAACCAACAUUUCCAGAAGAACAAUUAUUAAUAAAAGUAAAGCAGAAUGUAUUCAAGUCACUUGAAUGCUAUGAAUAUUAAAUGCUGGUUAACCUGGAGUGCAAAACA